AUGACGUCGCGCUUCAGCAUUGAGGAUCUUCUACGCGGACAAUCGUCGGAGCUUCUUCGCGAUCAUGUCAAAAUGCUAAAAGGCGACGACAGCGUGACGACGCCAUCAUCGUCGUCUUCCGAUGAGUGUUCUGAGAAAUCGGCGGCGCCGGCGACAAUUCAUAUCAAAUCGGAUACGAUUCCGCUCAUCACCUCCAUCGAUCAGCAGGUUCCGUUUUGGCUCGCCGCUGCCGCAUUCCCGCUCGAGCAAAGUCUUCUUCUCGCCCAACGCAAUGGUAUUUUUCCCGGAAUCUGGACCGAGCAAAUGAGACUCGCGAACGCGACAAAGGCUUACAGAAGUUCGCGCAGAAAGGCUCGCACUGUGUUCAGCGAUCAGCAACUGCAAGGACUCGAACGCCGAUUUGAAUCGCAGAGAUAUUUGAGCACACCGGAACGCAUCGAAUUGGCAAAUGCCCUCAAUUUGAGUGAGACACAAGUCAAAACCUGGUUUCAAAAUCGACGAAUGAAACACAAAAAAGUGGUUCGAAAAGAUGAGAAUUGCACCGAAAAUGAUGUGGAAAAUGAUAAUGAAAGCGAUUAA